AUGGGUGAUGCUGAUAGACAUAUUAAAAUGGAAAUUGAUUACUCAUCAGUUGUCGAUCAAAAACUUAAAGAAUGUGAUGAGCUUAUGAAAGAUCCAUCGAAAUUAAACGAAGCACUUGAUCGAUUAUUACCACUUGAAAAGCAAACACGUACUGCAGCUGAUGCGAUUUCUACAGGACGUGUUCUUGUUGCUAUUGUAAAAUAUUGCUAUGCAGGAAAACAAUGGGAAUUAUUAAAUGAACAUGUUGUUACAUUAUCCAAACGUCGUAGUCAAUUGAAACAAGCCAUUACAAAAAUGGUACAAGAAGCUUAUGAACUUGUCGAAAAAACACCUGAUUUAGAUACAAAAUUGAAAUUAAUUGAAACACUUCGUAAUGUUACUACAGGCAAAAUUUUCGUAGAAAAUGAACGUGCUCGAUUAACAAAAAAAUUAUCUGAUAUUUAUGAAAGUCAAGGUAAAACAAAAGAAGCCGCAGAAAUUUUACAAGAACUUCAAGUAGAAACUUAUGGCACAAUGGACCGUCGUGAAAAACUUGAAUUUUUACUUGAACAAAUGCGUUUAUGUUUAGCUAAACAUGAUUAUAUUCGAACACAAAUUAUAUCAAAAAAAAUCAAUAUCAAAUCUUUUGAAGAUGAAGCAUCACAUGAUUUAAAAUUGAAAUAUUAUGAAUUAAUGAUUGAAAUGGAUUUACAUGAAAAAAAUUAUUUUGAUGUUUGUCAACAUUAUAAACAUUAUUAUGAUACACCACGUAUAAAACAAGAUGCAGAAAAAAUGAAACAAGCAUUAAAAUAUGUUGUACUUUAUUUGGCUUUAUCACCAUAUAAUAAUGAACAAUCAGAUUUUUUACAUCGUUUAUUUCUUGAUAAAAAUCUUGAACAAAUUCCAAAAUACAAAGAUUUAUUACAACGUUUCAAAACUCAAGAAAUUAUUCAUUGGAAAGAUAUACUUAAAAAUUUUGAAAAUGAACUUAAACAUGGCAGUACAAAUGAACCAGCAACAACUGUUUUUGCAAAUACUGAAAAUGGAAAAAAAUGUUGGGAAGAUUUUAAAGUUCGUGUAGUUGAACAUAAUAUUCGUAUUAUGGCUAAAUAUUAUACUCGUGUUCGUACACAAAAAAUGGCUGAUUUACUUGAUUUAACUAAAGAUGAAGCUGAACAAUUUUUAUCAAAUCUUGUUUCAAAUAAAACAAUUAUUGCCAAAAUAGAUCGUCUUCAAGAUAUAGUUACAUUUCAACAAAAACAAUCUCCACAAGAAAUUCUUAAUGAAUGGUCGGUUAAUCUUAAUUCAUUAAUGACAAUUAUUAAUAAAACAUGUCAUUUGAUUAACAAAGAAGAAACAGUUCAUGCUGUACGAUCAUAA